GGAAAGCAACACAGCGGCACCCGUUUGGUCAGAUCCGCUGGUUGUCCCGGGCCCAGACUUUGGCGUUGGCACUAAAUUUCUGCUCUUUUCGCCUGAAUCGCUUUAUUUAUGGCUUAUCGCCAGCCUGCUCGCGAUUCUCCUGAAGUCCUUAAGUCCGGGUAUUCGUCGAUCUGGUUGCAGAGAGGUUGAUCGCGCCUUUUCUUCACCUUCUCCCUCUUUUCCUCUAUACUCACUUCCUCCCCGGAGUAUACCCGACCCAACCUACUCCUUACCACCAAUUAUCUCUUGUUUGCGAUUAUUUCCCCACCACGCCUCUUGGGCAUCCCUGAGUUCGCCGUUACCCUGAGACUGGUUGUCUCUACCACCAGCAACCAUGUCGUCUUUUCUGGGAACCCUCAAUGCUAGCAUCAGCCCUUCCCAGGGAGUGGAAUCUCGGGGAACAGAGCACCACGGCAAUGCGGCCUCGGAAAUUGAAGAGGCCGUGAACGUUGAUUCCCAUCCGGCGCCCACUGGAGAGAAACGGGCCUCCAGCUCAAGCAGCAUACUCAGCUCCACCGAAACAGCGAGGGAAAAGGAGGAGCACAACUAUGAAGAGGAUGCCGAGGAGGAAAUCACUCGUCUGGCCCAGCAGCUCACGCACCAGUCAACAAAGUACUCCACCCACAACAUCGAGAACCCGUUUAUCGACAUCAGCGAGGAAUCGUCACUCAACCCUCACAACCCCAACUUCAAGGCGAAGAACUGGAUGAAGAAUAUCCUGGCUCUGUCCUCGCGCGAGCCCGAGAAGUACCCGUCACGCCAUGCCGGCGUCUCGUUUCGCAACCUUAGUGUCCACGGAUUUGGUAGCCCGACGGAUUACCAGAAGGAUGUUUUCAACUCGGUGCUCCAAAUCGGAGGUCUAGUUCGCUCUCUCAUGGGAUCUGGGAAGCAGAAGAUCGAUAUUCUUCGCAACUUCGACGGUCUGGUCAAAUCCGGGGAGAUGCUUGUCGUCCUCGGCCGACCUGGAAGUGGUUGCUCUACUUUCCUCAAGACCAUUGCUGGUGAAAUGAAUGGUAUCUACAUGGACAAGGAGUCCGAACUCAACUACCAGGGUAUCCCGGCGAAGCAGAUGCGAAAGCAGUUCCGAGGUGAAGCCAUCUAUACCGCCGAGACCGACGUUCACUUCCCUCAGCUGUCUGUUGGCGACACCUUGAAAUUCGCUGCCUUGGCUCGUUGCCCCCGGAACCGCCUUCCCGGCGUCUCCAAGGACCAGUAUGCCGUCCACAUGCGAGACGUCGUAAUGGCCAUGUUGGGUCUGUCCCACACGAUCAACACGCGCGUUGGGAACGAUUUCGUGCGCGGUGUCAGUGGUGGCGAGCGGAAGCGUGUCAGUAUCGCAGAGGCAACCCUGAGUGGAAGUCCCCUGCAAUGCUGGGAUAACAGUACACGUGGUUUGGAUAGCGCCAACGCUUUGGAGUUCUGCCGUACUCUCAAUCUGAUGGCCAAAUACUCCGGCACAACUGUGGCCGUCGCUAUCUACCAAGCCUCGCAGAGCGCUUACGAUGUCUUUGACAAAGUCACCGUCUUGUAUGAGGGAAGACAGAUCUACUUCGGUCGAACGGACGAGGCGAAACAGUUCUUCGUCGACAUGGGAUUCGAAUGCCCAGAGCGCCAGACGACCGCUGAUUUCCUGACUUCUCUUACCAGCCCUGCUGAGCGAAUCGUGAGGAAGGGCUUCGAGGGUCGCGUGCCUGAAACACCCGAUCAAUUCGCGACCGCCUGGAAGAACAGUACCGCUUAUGCACAGCUUAUGCAGGACAUCCAAGAGUAUAACCAGGAAUUUCCUCUUGGUGGCGAAUCCGUCAACAAGUUUAUUGAAUCCCGCAAGGCUAUGCAGUCUAAGAGCCAACGUGUCGGGUCUCCAUACACCAUGUCCCUUGUUGAGCAGGUUAACCUGUGUAUGAUCCGUGGCUUCCAGCGUCUUAAGGGUGAUGCCAGUUUGACCCUGAGUCAGUUGAUCGGAAACUUCGCCAUGGCUUUGAUUAUUGGUAGUGUCUUCUACAACCUUGUAGAAGAUACCAGUAGCUUCUACUCACGUGGAGCCCUGCUCUUCUUUGCCGUCCUGCUCAACGCCUUUGGUAGUGCUCUCGAGAUUCUGACCCUUUAUGCACAACGUCCCAUCGUCGAAAAACAGGCUCGUUAUGCCAUGUACCAUCCAUUUGCUGAGGCCGUCGCCUCUAUGCUUUGUGAUAUGCCCUACAAACUUCUCAAUGCUAUCACUUUCAACAUUCCGCUCUAUUUCAUGACGAAUCUCCGUCGCGAGCCGGGGGCGUUCUUUAUCUUCCUACUUUUUUCAUUCGUGACAACCUUGACCAUGUCUAUGCUGUUCCGUACUAUGGCUGCCACGUCCCGAACUCUCUCCCAAGCCCUGGUUCCGGCUGCGAUUCUUAUUCUCGGCCUUGUCAUCUACACCGGUUUCACUAUCCCCACUAGGAAUAUGCUGGGUUGGUCCCGCUGGAUGAACUAUAUCAACCCGAUUGCCUACGGAUUCGAAAGUUUGAUGGUGAACGAGUUCCACGGCCGAUCAUUCCCCUGUGACCCAAAGGCUGGCUUCGUUCCCAUGGGUAGCCCCGCCUACUCAAACUUGGCAAACCAAGUCUGUGCCGUCGUGGGCGCAGUGCCUGGCGUACGGGAUGUCGACGGUACUGAAUACCUAGGCCAGAGUUUCCAGUACUUCCAGAGCCACAAGUGGCGCAACCUGGGUAUCAUGUUUGCUUUCAUGGCUUUCUUCCUAUUCACCUACUUGACCGCCACCGAGUAUAUUUCCGAGGCCAAGUCCAAAGGUGAGGUCCUACUCUUCCGUCGCGGCCACACGGCCCCUUCCAGCAGCGACGUCGAGACCAGCAGCCCGGUGACGGCCGGUGAGAAAGUGGAUCAGUCGACCCAGGACGUUGCCAACAUUCAAAAGCAGACCGCCAUCUUCCACUGGAAGGACGUUUGCUAUGACAUCAAGAUCAAGAACGAACCGAGACGCAUUCUGGACAAUGUCGAUGGAUGGGUGAAACCUGGUACUUGCACUGCUUUGAUGGGUGUCUCUGGUGCUGGUAAAACUACGCUUCUGGAUGUGCUCGCAACUCGUGUAACCAUGGGUGUUGUCAGCGGUGAAAUGUUGGUCGACGGACGGCCUCGCGACCAGUCUUUCCAGCGUAAAACAGGUUACGUACAGCAACAGGAUCUUCACCUUCACACCAGUACGGUGCGUGAGGCACUGAGCUUUAGCGCUCUGCUUCGUCAACCAGCCAGCACACCCCGUCAGGAGAAACUUGACUAUGUCGAAGAGGUGAUCAAGCUUCUCGGUAUGGAAGCCUAUGCGGAUGCCGUUGUCGGUGUGCCCGGUGAAGGUCUCAAUGUGGAACAGAGAAAGCGUCUUACAAUCGGAGUCGAGCUUGCUGCUAAGCCGCAACUGCUCCUCUUCCUUGACGAACCCACCUCCGGUCUUGACAGUCAAACUUCUUGGUCUAUCCUCGACCUGAUCGACACGCUCACGCAGCACGGCCAGGCUAUCCUUUGCACUAUUCACCAGCCCUCUGCUAUGCUCUUCCAACGUUUUGACCGCCUGUUGUUCCUUGCCAAGGGUGGUAAGACGGUAUAUUUCGGUGAUAUCGGUGACAAGUCGUCUACUCUGUCUAAUUACUUCGAGAGGAACGGGGCUCCUAAGCUUCCUGCCGAUGCCAACCCUGCCGAAUGGAUGCUUGAGGUCAUUGGCGCCGCACCCGGAUCCCACAGUGAUAUUGACUGGCCCGUUGUGUGGCGUGACAGCCCGGAACGUCAAGCUGUGCACCAACAUCUUGCCGAAUUGAAGGAAACUCUCUCGCAGAACACCACCGAGACAUCUCAAGCUGACGCGUCCGAUUACAAUGAAUUUGCUGCCCCUUUCCCCGUUCAGCUUUGGGAAUGUCUUGUCCGUGUCUUCUCCCAGUACUGGCGCAGCCCUAUCUACAUCUACUCCAAGACGGCACUGAGCAUCCUGACUGCACUCUACAUUGGUUUCUCGUUCUUCCAAGCGCAGAACACCAAGCAGGGUCUUCAAAACCAGAUGUUCAGUAUCUUCAUGUUGAUGACUAUUUUCGGUAACCUUGUCCAACAGAUCAUGCCUAACUUCUGCACGCAGCGUGCCUUGUAUGAGGCUCGUGAGCGGCCAUCCAAGGCUUACUCCUGGAAGGCAUUCAUGGCAGCUAAUAUCCUUGUUGAGCUCCCAUGGAACUCACUGAUGGCCGUGCUUAUCUAUGUCUGCUGGUACUACCCUAUUGGACUCUACCGGAACGCUGAACCAACCGACGCCGUCCACGAACGUGGCGCACUCAUGUUCCUGCUUAUCCUCACCUUCCUCCUCUUCACCUCCACCUUCGCCCACAUGAUGAUCGCCGGUAUUGAACUCGCAGAAACAGGUGGUAACCUUGCCAACUUGCUCUUCUCCCUCUGCUUGGUCUUCUGUGGUGUCCUCGCCGGCCCUGACGUUCUCCCCGGUUUCUGGAUCUUCAUGUACCGCGUUUCCCCAUUCACCUAUCUCGUCUCAGCCAUGUUGUCCACCGGUGUCUCCGGCACAGACGCCACCUGCGAAGCCGUCGAAUACAUCAAAAUCAUCCCGCCCUCCAACAUGACCUGCCAGGAAUACAUGGGAGACUACAUCGACGCCGUCAAGGGUGGAUUUUUUCAAGACCCCAACGCCACUGGCGAGUGCUCUUUCUGCCAGAUCUCCAGCACCGAUACUUUCUUGAUGAGUGUCAAGAGUUACUACAGUGACGCAUGGCGCAACUUCGGCCUGAUGUGGGUGUACAUCGUCUUCAACAUCUUCGCUGCGGUCUUCAUUUACUGGCUUGCUCGUGUGCCCAAGGGCAGCAAGAACAAGGGAUCUGCUUAGACCUUUUUUCCCCCAUUGUCUUUUUUGAAAAUUUGCGUAAUUUUGCAAGGGUCGGUUUUUUUUUUUGCAUAUUGUCAAUAUACCUUACACACCAUACAUAAUAGACUAGAGAAGACCAUCUUCAUUCAUACUGGAGGCUACUUGCUCUCUCCUACUCGCUGCGCCUGCCUUACCUACAAUACCUACCGGCCAGUCUACCCAUUCUAUUCUACUUGGAUAGAUGGAUGGAUAGACUAGCCGCUCUCUUCCUGACGGUCCUCUUUUUUU